AUGGAAACUGUCCUUAUAUACACGAAUUUCUCUAGCUAUAACCUGACAGCAAGUUUCAAAGACACUGCCAUUGUGACCACAAGCCGUCCCGAUGAUGGAAGUGACGAUCCUACUUACGUUUCCAUCCGGAACUUGCAGAAGUUCAUCAUCCCGAUUCUGUGCCUGAUCGGACUCUUGGGCAACUUGACAUCGGUCAGUAUUUUCAUGAGCCGGUCACUGAAGAAGAAGUCCUGCUGUAUGUACCUGAUGACAAAAUGUUUGACCGACACGCUUUUCCUUGCUGCCUUGUUUGUUGUUUGGCUGGACAGGAUCGAGGUCCACUGGUUUCAUCGGCAUGGCGUCUGCCAGAUGAUCAUCUUCAUCACCUACAUCUGCGGCUUUCUCUCCGUCUGGCUGGUUGUCAUGGUCACCGUGGAGAACUACAUCCGGAUCCGGCACCCUUACCGAGUACAUUCUCUGUGCACCCCAGGGAAGGCGCGAGUGGUGCUCCUGGUGCUGGGUUUGACAUCAAUCUUCUGCUACAACUUCCCUCUGUGGACCACACACAGCACCUUGUCCGAAAAUGUCAGCACCUGUUCACUGGUGCCUGAAUACUCUCGCUUCAACGAAGGGCUGACCUACUUCGACACGACUGUGACCCUAGUUCUGCCCUCCGUGUUGGUCUUCUGCUUCAUGUGUGGUAUCUUCGGUUCCCUGCUGACGGCCUACAAGAGGAGCAAGCGCAUGAAGAGGUUAGGGCGACAAAGGCACAUACACUUUUUCUGCUUAUCUCCGUAUGGGCGUGUCACAGCCAUGCUGUUAGCAGUGUCAAUCACUUUCAUCGCCCUCCAUACGCCAAGUCACACCAUCAGACUCCGCCUACUUUUCGCCGAGUUUCUAGACCUGAGACCCACCCUCUAUCUACACGAACUACGCCUCCAACGGAUGUUCGAGCUACUAUACUACUCCAACUUUGCCACGAAUUGUGUGACAUAUUUCAUAUUCGGCAAAGCUUUCAGGGAUCUCUACCUGCAGUUCUUCUGCGGAUGUUGCUGUAAAAAAAAAGACCAAUUCUCCAACUUGCAUGACAGCGGUUACAUCCAGUACGUCUGCGAGUCGUCCAAUCGCGAGCAUGUCAUUGGUGGCGAUGCCGUAGAAACGGACAUCAUCAGCAGUGAGGCUAUCAUGUUACAACAAAGCUAA